AUGUGCUGUACGGCCUCCAAUAUGGUUCUAGACGACAUGGAGCAGCAUCUCGUUAGCGUUGCCUUUAACUCCAUGAAUCCAAACGCGGAGGGGGUUGUAGCUCUUCGCGAGAUUUACGAGCGCUUCAAUGCCGUCGAGCAUCCCCGUGUGAAGGAGGGCGUCAUGGCACCUGGCAUGGCGCGCGAUCGCCUGCUCUACCUCUUUGGCAGCUGUGCAAACGAGCACGACGGCGGCAUCACCUUCGAUGAGUUUAUGACUUUUCACCAUAAGCUCAUUCAGGAGGCCUGGGAUGAGCGCGUGAGCGACGUGCAGGCGUUCAUCCGACAGACUAUUAUGAGGUUAUGGCGGCUAGGGAACCUCCUCCUGCCGACUGGGAUUCGUCCAGCCUUCCCCAUCGAUCAAACCCCACGUGCGCUCUACGCAACAAUGCUGAUGACGCUGCUUUGGGCGGAAAAAGACCCUCGAAACGACGGGAAAUUCAUCAUUAAGGGGAUAAAAGAUGUAGUACGGCCUAUUUUCCGCCGCGGCGACCUUCCCGAUGAGCUUCAGGGACACUUUGCGUAUCCGUCGGAGACCUCCGACCUGGCGGUGGAGUAUUUGCCAACCCAGAUUGCCAUCAAGCGCUGGCUUGAUUUUGUCUGGGAGUACGAUAAAGGGAAGUAUUGCGGGGUGCAAGGGAUUGUCUCCGCGCAAGUUGAUUUAGACGUCUUACCACCCUCUUUGCGUCAGUUUAUUGUGGAGCAUAGCACGGCGGUCGAGAAACUACGCUGUGAAAAGUUUGUUAAAACAAGCAUCAGCGAAAAUCCUAUGUACAAGUGCACCAAUCAGGUCUACGGUGUUGGUUCCAUGGAGGAAUGUCGUAAAGUGCACCAAUGGAAGGCCAAAUCACUCAUGGGUAAGCAGUAUGGGAUUCAAUUUUAUGGGUUGCAGAAGGGGAUACAUUCAAAGAUGGGACCUACCAUUUGUCACGCCGCUACAAGGAUCAAUUUGUGA